CUUCCCAGAGCUUGUAUUAGUUUUUCGAUAGUUUAGCUUGCUAGUCCACGUGGUGAAUAUACUUUGUGAAAUAAACUCUAGUUUAAUUAUAUUGUAUUUCAUGUUUAUUUGUAUAUUUUGAAUUUGGAUUUUAGUGAUUAUUUUUCCGGUUAAUUAACCACAAUGACAAAAGAUACGGAGUUUAUGCGUGUGGAGACUGAAGAGUCUAUGUCCCCCCUCAACGUGGAGGGUGGGGAAACCACGGGCGGGAAAAAGCCACUAAAAAAGCGACAGGCAUGGGACUCCAAGUGGCAGUAUAUAUUCAUGGUGAUUAGUUACGCCGUGGGGCUGGGGAACGUCUGGAGAUUCCCGUAUUUAGUACAGAAAAAUGGAGGCGGUGCGUUCCUGAUCCCGUACCUGAUCAUGUUGUUCCUGGAAGGUAUGCCCAUUCUCUACCUGGAGUUCGCCAUCGGACAGCGGAUGCAGAAGGGGACAGUCAUUGUGUGGAACGAGAUCAACCCUCUCCUUGGCGGCAUCGGGCUCGCAUCCGCCAUCACCUCCUUCAACGUCGCGAUCUACUACAACGCCAUCAUCAUGUGGUGCUUUUUCUACCUUUUCCACUCAUUUCAGUACCCCCUGCCGUGGGCGGAGUGCCCCACUGAUACGGUCACCCUUGGUAACGUGACGACUCAGGUGGAGAUUGAAGAGUGUGUGAAAGGGGGCGCCACUUCCUACUUUUGGUAUCACAAUGCCCUUGAAAUCUCCCCGGGGCUUGACUCGCCCGAUGGCAUCAAGUGGAAGAUGCUGCUGUGCCUCAUCUUUGCCUGGACUAUCGUGUACGCCUGUAUAUGGAAGGGGAUCAAGUCUUCUGGGAAGGUGGUGUAUUUCACGGCAACGUUCCCAUACAUCGUUCUGAUUAUCUUCUUUGUGCGAGGCAUCACCCUCCGUGGCGCCGUGGACGGUCUGGCUCACAUGUACACACCAAAGCUCGACCGUCUACUGGACCCGCGGGUGUGGUUGGAUGCAGCCACCCAGAUCUUCUACUCGUUUGGGCUCGGCUUUGGCGGUCUCAUCGCCUUCUCCAGCUACAAUAAUGUUCACAACAACUGCCAGCGGGACGCCAUUGUCAUCUCCGUCGUCAACUGGUUCACCGCCUUGUUCGCGUCCUCCGUCAUCUUCGCCGUUCUUGGAUUUAAGGCUACUCUCAUGCUUGAGGACUGUGACCUACAUAACUUCCACGCGUGGCAGGAAAGCCUGGCGACCUUUGACCCCCAGUUGGCCCUGACAACAGUAAACAUCACACAGGAGGCGUGGCAGGCGUCAUAUUACACGUUCGACAACUUUACGGAGGUUUUGCCGGACAAGUGGAACUGCAGCCUCGCAGACUUCCUGGACAAUGCGGCCUCAGGGACGGGUCUGGCGUUCAUCAUCUUCACCCAGGCGAUCGUGGAAUUCGGACCCUCCAGCCCCUUCUGGUCAAUCAUCUUCUUCAUGAUGUUGUUAUCUCUUGGCAUGGGCUCAGAGUUCGGAACCAUCGAGGGCUUCACCGCUUCCAUAUACGACCUUGAACCCUUCCCAGCAAUCACCAGGAGGAAGUGGCUCACAAGUGCUCUUAUAUGCGGUGUAUCGUGUCUGAUCGGCCUGUUGUUUGUCCUCGGGAGCGGUUCCUACUGGGUGGCCCUGUUUGACAACUUCGCCGGAUCUUUUCCGCUUAUUACCGUCGCAAUGAUGGAGUGCUUCACCAUUGGAUGGAUAUACGGCGUCGACAAGUUUGCUGAUGAUAUUGAGUUCAUGAUCGGUAAACAGCCCAGCCGGUACUGGAAGAUCGUGUGGAAGUUUAUAGCCCCGUUCCUGGUGGCCAUUCUCCUCAUCUCCACCAUCGUCUCAUACUUUAUCAAACCCCUCGUCUACGAAGCCUAUAGUUCAGAACUGUCUAAGUCGAUAAAUCGAAGCUACCCAUGGUACGGGGCGAUGAUCGCCUUCGUGCUCGUCUUCUCUUCCAUAGGCUGCAUCCCACUGAUCGCGUUACUCCGGAAGUUCAAGGUCCUUAACUGGAACUAUGCCAAGCAAAUACAGACCGAGAUGAAGGGUCACACUCAGAGCACGGCAAAGUUCCUUCGUUCCGUCUCCAGUGUGGAGAAUGAAAACAUGGACAGUAUGCCGAACAUCACGACGUACUCGGACGAGCCGGAGAACGGUACUGUCAGUGGGGAAUUGGAUGACGGCGCCGUGAAGUUUACGUUGAUGCAGAAUUGACGUGGUGAACGUGAUUAGUUGACGGAUGUACUCGCGUGCGAUUUUGGUGGGAGGCAGAAAAGACCAUUAUGCAUUAUUGAAAAACAAACAUAAAUGGAAAUACUAGAGAACAUUGUCACUGACCAAACUAAAUAAUGUGUGAGGAAAGGAAGCAGUGAAAACGAAACGCGAACAAUUAUUCUGAUCAUGACAUUAAAGUCAGCAUUAUUUGUACGAAAACAUACCAGCAAAAUACCAUUUGUGUGUGAAAUGGAUAUGUCACAUAUCGGCAUUCAUAACGCGGGUACUGCACGGUCGCCGUUCCACGAAAAGUAAAAUCCUAAAAGGCACAAACCUACAUUCCAGGAUGUAGACCAAGUGGAAAAUGCGGUUGUGCUUGAAGAAGAACCAAUGUCCCAAGGCGUGAUUUCCGAAAUGUUAACAUUGACGAGUACGCGGGGACCAAUGACGGAUGUAGCGUUCAGUCGAAGAGACGGACCCACGAGUCUUCAUCCGGACAAAGACGUGGAACACACUUAAAAACAGAUCUACAAUUCUUUAUUAAUGGGACUUGCCUUAAUGAACACAUCUUAAAGUUAGAUAGUUGUUCGAAAUCAUCUUUUAUACAAUUGGAUGGCAGUAUUUAUUUUUCAAAUCUGCCACUUGUUUGGGGGUAAAUCAGCAGUCAGCCGUUAUAGAUUUUAGUCACGUAAAUAGGUAGAUUUUAACAGAGACUGGUGUAAUAGACGAAAUAUAAUCUCAAUCAAUAAGCUGGUUAAGAAUUUAGGAAAUAAAUUGGUCGUGUGUCUGCGAUGCUCCAUGCCUUUUGCUGGUAAAUGCAGCCUUAUUACCAUUAGCCAUUGCUGAAACAUUGAUACUUGACACAGAGUGAACUUAUGCUUAUUCAUGUGUCUACCUUUAAUUCAUACAAAAAUAACUUUUGAUUAUUUUCAUAUAUUACAAUUAAAAAAUAGGCCUUAUUUAGUAAAAAUAUAUUUAUGAAAAAGUCAAAAACCGCUUCAGUGUUGAAGCCACUGCUCAAUGUACUUUUUGUCUGUUUUUUUUUGUUAUACCAUUCAGCAUUAAAGCGAUUUCAUUGUGUACAUGUACUUCGGGCGUUUUUGUUGACACCAAGCUAGUUUCAGUUUUGGUUUCAAUGGUUUCGGAGGUUUGGAAACCUGUUUCGAACGUUUAGCUUGAAGUAACAAAUGCAUUGUUUUGUGUCCAGGUUCAACAAUGUGGUUGAGCUUCUGCAUGCCGUCAUUAUUUCUGAAUUUCAUCAAAAAAAAUAUACCGCAAAUGGCCGUUUGCCUGAUUUAGCUAAAUGUUGUUUUGACACAUGUGUUUGAUCACUGUCCGCCAUGUUUGUUUUUUUCAAAAUGAGUUCGGGUGGAACGAACCGACGAAACCGCCUCCGGGGGUUCUGAUAGUUUCAAAAACUAGUUUCAGUUUUCGUGAAACAAACGAUAAAAACUGAUAUUCAUUUAGUUUGAAACUGUCACAAAAUACACAGUUUGUAAAACCAAUAAAAACUCAAAACUAGUUUAUAACCCACGAAAUCGCCCGUAGUUUGAAUUUAAAGCUGUUGAAUGAAAGUAUUAUAAAAGCAAUGGAACCAAAGAUUUUCGAAUGUUAUAUACAUGUAUGUAGUUAAACCAUUAGUUAUAAUAGUAUGCAUGUAGAAAAACAAAAUUCCAUGACAUGAUGAUGCUAAAAGUCUUUAAGGCAUAAAUAACUGUAUGCUACGGAGUUCCGUUAGGGCCAUCGUGUCUUCGACCUUACGCUUAAGAGCGAACACUCGAAGGCCGACGACGAAAACACGAUGGCCCUAACGAAACACCGUAGUUUUGUAUUAAAUUUCUGGUAGCUGUUAUAUUAGGGAAGCAUUAUAAUGCUAGUACCGGUAUUCUUAUUAAUACUAGUUUGUUAAAGUUUACUAAAUUACAGAAUUAUGUUCAGUACCCAGUCGUUCAGGAUAGCGGGUUAUUAGAUUGUUGAUGCUUGUACAUGCCAUUAUCUUUACUUUAAUGUUCGAAAUUAUAUUUUGUCUAAUGAAUGGCAGUAUUUUCUGCCUCAUAUUUAUUUUGGUAAAUCAGCAGUCAGCAGUUAUUGAUUUAAUCAAUUGAACCGGCAGAUUUCAACACAGGGUUCAGUAUGUCAGACAAAAUGUAAUCUCGAGCACUAUUGGUAUGCAUUUACCAAAAUGAAAUGGUAAUUAGCGUCUUUUUCGCCUUAAAAGCAUUAAUUUGGUAGAUACAUACGAAUAACCUUUAUUCAUUACAUAAACGCCAGCUUGCAUUUUAUUGGCAGCGCAUUGCCGCCUACAAUCCUGUGAUAUAAUGACAUUUUGUAUAUUUUUUGUCUUUCUUAUCAUUUUUUUUUGGCCUUUAUUUAAAGUAGAACAAAUUGAUUCUUUAUCUGGGGGUUGUUUCGUCCAGGUUUAUAGGAGCGUGUUUGUACCAAAUGGUUUCAGCAGUACAGUGUUAUAUUUCUGAAUUUCUCCUCUGGUUAUACGACAUCACUGAAUUCUAGAUGAAAUAACCGCAGAGCUUUAGGUUAAUGAGACAUUGAAAAUUUGUUAAACAAACUAUAUUCACAUUUCGUCAUUUUAAUAGCGACCAUAUCUGACAUCGUCUUCGUCAUUUAACAAUCUGAUACGAGUUGUUUGCGUGUCCAAUGCCCCGUGGUAAUAAAGGCGUAACCUCGUUAAAAGCUGCACUCUCACAGAUUGAACAUUUGACAACUCUUCUUACUUUAAGUCUUGGAACGAGCCAAUUUUUGCGAAAAUCCAUGGAAACCAGUGAUAUUAGAUUGCUGACAAAAAUAAGAUCGCAAAUAUUUAUAUUUAAGUUCAAAAAUUCAUGUUUUAUGCAUUUUUUUAAACCGUUAGUAACGGUUUAAGCCAUAAAACAUUAAUUUUCGAACAGAAAUAUGCAAAUCUGCGCUUUGAUCUUUUGUCAGCAAUCUUUUAUCAUUGGUUUGCAGAUACGCAAAAAUUUGCUGUUUCCAAAAGUUGUAAAAACGGUAAAUCUGUGAGAGUGGAGCUUUAAGGCUAUAACUGCUUUUGGACAUUUAUCGUACGUUUUCCAACCGUAGGUUUGCGUUUGUACCCGAGCUCUCUUAAAUAUGCGCUCUUACUCUCAAAUAAGAUUUAGCACAAUUAAUAUUGUUUUACUAUUUCAAACUGGAUGAAUAAAUGUCGAAAGCAAUGGUUCUUAUGAAGGAUACGGAGUUUAAUUUGAAAGAAAGGUGCAGAAAACAUGUUAUUUCUACCUUAUGAGACAAGAGUAGAUCACAGUAAAUAUUUUAGCACUCACCAAUCAUUUAAUAUUUUUGCGUUUGCAGCUAUUAAAUCCAUGGUUACAAUCUUGUUAUCAGUUAUUAAUAUUUUACACAAAUGCAUUAUUUAGUAAGUAGUUAAAGGUUUAUCACUCAAAAUGUAUGUCUGUUUUACAUGUUUAUGUAUUUUGAAUAAGAGUGUCUUUUUAAGCAGGCUCAAGGCCAAGAUAUCUUAUUGAAACUGGACCUAUUUUUUUUAAACUUUUAUUGUUUUAAAAUAUAUGCUUCUACUUUAAUUAACAAUUAAACUAAAAUAUAUGAAGUCAUUUUAAUAUUUUCAUUAGAAGUUUUUCAGGUAAUUUAGAUUUUAGUAAUUAUACAGUUUGAUGUUGUUUUUUUAAAUGUAUUGUUUUAUCGUUACCACGGUUUCAGUUUGAGGAUUCAUUUUACACGUGCAUAGCAAUCGAUGACAAACACUUAUUCCAUUAACAAGCAUUAUUUGUAAUUUAAAUUCUAGUUACACAUACAUGAAAAAUAAAUAAGUCGUUUUCUUAUUUUCCUUUCACAUGCACUGGUUCGAUUGUUCAGAACUUUGUUAAAGUUAACAACGUUGUUAACGUCAUCUUUGUUAACUUUCACAUCUUUACAACACGGACACACUUAUGAUCUACUUCUAUUUUCGAACAAUAUUUGAGGCAACUGCUUUAGUUGGACUUGAUUUAAACAAAUUUCUGAGUGGUCAGAGUGGUUCAGUGGUAUAUGUGUGCCCCUCUCAGUGGUUUAGUGGUAAAUGUGUACCCCUCUCAGUGGUUCAGUGGUAUAGAUGUCCCCCUUUCACCCAAGAGGUCGUUGGUUCAAUCCCCACCAGGGGUACUUUUCUAUGGCCUUUCAUAAAGGACACACUUCUGGUUUCUGCCCAGAAAUUGAGAGUGAUCCUAUAAGCUUAGCUUUUGUCACAAUCGAUCUAAAAUAGAUUAGUAUCUACUAAAUAUCGGAGAUAUCAUACACAAGGUAACGUUUUAAAGCUGCACUCUCACAGAUUGAAAGUUUUGACAUUUUUUUUUUUUUUUUUGUCUUGGAACUUGCCCAUUUUUGCGAAAAUCCAUGUAAACGGAUUUUUAUAUUUUAAUUCCAAAAUUGAUGUUUUAUGCAUUGUUCUUAGUUACUAACGGUUUCAGCCAUAAAUCAUUAUUUUUUAAACGGAAAUAUGAAAAACUACGAUCUGAUUUUUGUCAGCAAUCAUAUAUCAUUGGUUUGAAGGUGUUUACGCAAAAAAAUAUCUUUCCAAGACAAAAGAAAAGUUGUAAAACCGAUAAAUCUGUGAGAGUGCAGCUUUAAAGUAAGCAACGAUGACGUUAACAACGGUUACUUUCACAAAGUUCUGAACAAUCUGCCCAAUGGCAUUUGCUGUAAAUAGUGUACAUACCCAUUAUAAUACUGACAUACAUUAUUCUUCUACUUACACGAUGUAUAAUUAUACAUGUACAAGUCCAACUCGAACUGCUUUAGUGUUUUUUAGAUGAUGCCAAUAAUGAUAUAAAGCAACGUAUGAAACAAUGAUUUUAACUGUUGUUGCUACCUUUAGUUGCCAAAUCUUCAGAGUAUGGUCUCUUUGAAAAUAAACGUUUUUAAUUGGACUAACAGGGUUUUCUGUCUGUUUAGACCUGUGUUGUAAUUAUACUUCUUAACUGAUAUUUAGUUGAACGCUUUUACAUACUAUCAGAUGACAACAUUUUAUUUUGAUAAGUGAUCUGACAAGUAUUCCGUUUUAGUUAUAUCUAAUCAAUACAAUACAAGGUAUUGCGUCUGUUUUAUAGCGAUCGAUCCAAGAUCAAUACAAUUAAUAUUGACUCAGUAAUAUUGACAAUAUAUAUAUAUUUGAGCACCAAAAAUUAAAUAUUUGAUUCAUUUCUACCCCGACAACCAUUCUAUAUUACCAGGAUACUUAUGGUAUUGACAAUUCGUUAGUACAGAUCUGCCCUCUCAAAUAUAUUCCACUCAUGAAAUGGAAUCUCAAAUAUAUUCCACUCAUGAAAUGGAAUCUCAAAUAUAUUCCACUCUUGAAAUGGAAUCUCAAAUAUAUUCCACUCUUGAAAUGGAAUCUCAAAUAUAUUCCACUCAUGAAAUGGAAUCUCAAAUAUAUUCCACUCAUGAAAUGGAAUCUCAAAUAUAUUCCACUCUUUUAAUGGAAUCUCAAAUAUAUUCCACUCUUUUAAUGGAAUCUCAAAUAUAUUCCACUCUUUUAAUGGAAUCUCAAAUAUAUUCCACUCUUUUAAUGGAAUCUCAAAUAUUUUGCACUCUUGAAAUGGAAUCUCAAAUAUUUUGCACUCUUGAAAUGGAAUAUCAAAUAUUUUGCACUCUUGAAAUGGAAUCUCACUUUUUGGUGUUUCAUGAUCAGUUGUUUAUUGAAGUCAUUUUUACAUUUUUUAUCGUUUGUUUUCUCUUAAACAGUGCCUAUUGAGACCCUUGUCUUAACUUAUGCUAUGAAGUGUUUCAGUAAUCUUUCAUCAGGACAUUUUUAAUUAUGUUUACUCUUUACCUCGUUGUUAUUAAUAUUGAAUGUAUUCGUGCUAUCUUAUAUCUACCUUUUGAGCUUCGUAAUCAAGUGCUAUCUUCAUGACUUUCAUGCUGUCAAUGAGUCUUUGGUUUUAAAUACUUUGUAUAUAUGAUCAAAUUUUUAUGAAUUGUAUAUAAUUUGUUUUCCUUGGAAUUUUAAAUUGGUUGUUUGUUUGAUUAUAAUAAAUUGAACUGAUGUCCUGGA